AUGUUACAACUGAACGGCAAAAUCGCGCUGAUCACUGGGCUCGGCCAGACUAGCGACGAUGGCUGGGGUAUCGGCGCUGCGAUUGCAAUGAAAUUCUCGCAACAGGGUGCAAUCAUCUUCGGUGGCAAUCGCACCUUGGCCGCUGCCGAGAGAACCAAAUCGCGGAUUGAGGCUGAAGGUGGUACAUGCCAGGUUCAACAAACGGAUGUCACCGACUCCGCAUCGACAAAGGCUCUUGUAGAUGCUUGCGUUGAGCGUCAUGGCCGUAUUGAUAUCCUGGUGAACAAUGUUGGCAAAUCAGAGCCAGGUUGCCCAGCCACCAUGGAGGAGGAGAUAUGGGAUCAACAGGUGGAUCUAAAUCUGAAAAGUGUCUACCUCACAACUCAUUUUGUCCUACCCAUUAUGGAAAAGCAGGCGACAGGUGGCACAGUCAUCAACGUGUCGAGUAUCGCUGGAUUACGCUACAUUGGAAAGCCACAAGUCGCCUACUCGGCCACUAAGGCUGCUAUUAUGCAGUUUACCAAGGCGACUGCAGUCAUUUAUGCCGACCGAGGGGUCAGGUUGAACACAGUCGUCCCCGGUUUGAUCUACACACCUUAUACACGCGAUCUUGCCAAACGGUAUGCCCCGGCAGGUGAUGAAGAGAGUUAUAUGAAAAUGCGCGAUGAACAGGUGCCGAUGAAGAAGAUGGGAGAUGCUUGGGAUGUUGCCAAUGCGACACUCUUCCUUGCUGCGGAUGAGUCGCGCUAUAUCACAGGCCAUGAGCUUGUGGUUGAUGGUGGAAUCACCUCCUCGACAGGCCGAGCCUAG